AUGGGGAGAGGAAAAAUUGAGAUAAAGAGGAUUGAGAACACAACAAACCGCCAAGUGACCUUCUGCAAGAGAAGAAAUGGACUGUUGAAGAAAGCUUAUGAGCUCUCCAUUCUGUGUGAGGCUGAGGUUGCCCUCAUUGUCUUCUCUAGCCGUGGCCGCCUCUAUGAGUACUCUAACAACAACAGCAUAAGAAGUACUAUAGAGAGGUACAAGAAGGCAUCUUCCGAUAAUUCAGGUGUAACCACUGUUACAGAAAUCAAUGCUCAAUACUACCAACAGGAAUCGGCAAAGCUGAGGCACCAAAUUCAGAUGCUGCAGAAUUCCAACAGGCACUUAAUGGGAGACUCAUUGAGUAAUCUGACUGUGAAAGAACUAAAGCAGCUGGAAAAUAGGCUUGAACGAGGCCUCACUAGAAUCAGGUCCAAGAAGCAUGAAACGUUGCUUGCUGAAAUUGAAUUCUUGCAGAAAAGGGAGGUUGAGCUGGAAAACGAGAAUGUUUUAAUUCGAGCUAAGAUAGCAGAAGUUGAGAGGAUUCAGCAAGCAGACCUGGUUUCUGGGGCAGAGUUGAAUGCCAUCCAGGCAUUAGCUUCUCGCAAUUUCUUUGGCUCCACUAUGAUGGAGGGUGAGCCUUCAUACUCACAGCCAGAGAAGAAAUUGCUCCAGCUGGGGUGUGUAAUUUCUAGUAUCCUUUGA